AUGCAUUCAAGAAAUCAUUGGGGAGGGUCCUUUGAGAUGAGCAAUAGCGGUGAAGAGGUGUAUAACCAUACCAAUGAGUGGGAUAAGGCAGCACUACUUGAGAGGUACCAUCCUCAAAGCCAAGAUUUGGAUGAGACUCUUCAAAGCUGGGUUUUGGAAAGGGCCGAGAAUAGAAAGAAGACCAAGUAUGUGGAUUUUGGAUGCAUAGUGAUGAGUCACAAGGCAUUGAAAUGGAUUUUUGGUUCCAUUUUCUUGACUUUCCUUGUCAUUGGUCUCCCCAUCAUCAUCACCAAGUCUCUGCCCAAGCACCAUUCUCCACCAACACCAGCAGAUAAUUACACCCUUGCCCUCCACAAAGCUCUCCUCUUCUUCAAUGCUCAAAAAUCUGGAAAAUUGCCGAAGAGCAACGGCAUUGCAUGGAGAGGGAAUUCAGGGUUAAAUGAUGGAAAUGACACAGAUGUGAAAGGAGGAUUGGUUGGAGGUUACUAUGAUGCAGGGGACAACACAAAGUUUCACUUUCCCAUGGCAUUUGCCAUGACAAUGCUAAGCUGGAGUGUGUUAGAAUACAAAGAUAAGUACAUGGCUCUCAAUGAAUAUGCACACACCAGAGAACUCAUCAAGUGGGGCACUGAUUACUUGCUCUUGACCUUCAACAAUUCUGCCACCAAAAUUGACAAAAUCUAUGCCCAGGUUGGAGGGGGUCUCAAUGGUUCUAGCACACCAGAUGACCACUACUGUUGGCAAAGGCCAGAAGACAUGGAGUAUCCACGCCGCACCAUAUCCAUAUUUCAAGGUCCUGAUCUUGCAGGGGAAAUGGCAGCAGCAUUAGCAUCAGCUUCCAUAGUUUUCCAAGAUGAUGCAGCCUACUCCAAAAAACUCAUCAAGGGUGCACAAACUGUGUUUAACUUUGCCAGAGAUGGUGGUAAGAGGAAGGCAUAUAGUCGUGGGGAGCCCUACAUUGAACCCUUCUAUAACUCCACUGGCUACUAUGAUGAGUACAUGUGGGGUGCUGCUUGGUUGUACUAUGCAACAGGAAACAAUACAUACAUUUCCUUGGCCACCAACCCCUCCAUUUUCAGUAAUUCAAAGGCAUAUUUCUUGACUCCUCAGUUCAGUGUUUUGAGCUGGAAUAAUAAGUUACCUGCUGCAAUGUUGUUGCUGACAAGGUUCAGGAUGCUUUUGAAUCCCGGUUACCCCUAUGAGGACAUGCUUAAGAUGUACCAUAAUAUCACUAGUCUUACCAUGUGCUCUUAUCUUCAACAUUACAAAGUCUUCAACAGGACUGGAGGGGGGUUGAUCCAAUUAAACAAUGGACAACCUCAGUCUCUCCAAUAUGUAGCUAAUGCUGCUUUCAUGGCAUCACUUUUUGCUGAUUAUAUGCAAGUGGUUGGUGUCCCUGGAUGGUCUUGCGGCUCUACUUUUUUCCCAAUAUCUGCUUUGAAGGCAUUUGCAACCUCUCAGGUACCAUCUCCAUUUUCAUUGUUAGUAUUUUAG